AUGGCUGUGGCUGAGGGAAGGUUGCUCCAGGCCUCCGCCCGACCUGUGAGCACAAUUCCUUGGGGCAUUUCUGCCUCUGCAGCCCUUAGACUUGCUGCUUCUGGAAGAACGUGCCUGACAAACCUAUCAUGGUCUGGUUCUGGACAAGUGAAGUUUGCCUUUAGCACCGGUUCCUCCUACCAGGCUCCUGCUGUCACCCAGCAUGCACCCUAUUUUAAGGAUACAACCAUUGUUAAAGGAAAGUUCAAAGACCUAAGCCUUGAUGACUUUAAGGGGAAAUAUUUGGGGUUUUUCUUCUAUCCUGUGGGUUUCACGUUUGUGUGUCCUACAGAAAUGAUUGCCUUUAGUGACAAAGCAGAUGCAUCUCAUGACGUGAACUGUGAAGUUGUUGCAGUUUCAGUGGCCUCCCACUGUGGCCAGCUUGCCUGGACAAAUCCACCAAGGAAGAAUGGCGAUUUGGGCCACAUGAACAUCGCACUCUUGUCAGAUUUAACUAAACAAAUUUCUCGAGACUAUGGUGUGCUGUUAGAAAAAAGUCCUGGUCUUGCACUAAGAAGUCUCUUCAUAAUUGACCCCAGUGGAGUCAUCAAGCACCUGAGUGUCAAUGAUCUUCCAGUGGGCCGCAGCAUGGAAGAGACCCUCUGCUUGGCAAAGGCAUUCCAGUUUGUGGAAAGCCAUGGAGAAGUCCGCCCAGUAAAUUGGACACCAGAUUCUCCCACAAUUCAGCCAAGUCUGACCGCUUCCAAAGAGUACUUUGAGAAGGUAAAUCAAUAG